AUGGGCUCGAUAUCCUUUGGGGACGGGAAUAAGGGCCCUCAGGUUGGCAUCAAUUACGGACAAAUCAAUCUCCAACACGGCCCGGGCCGACAGGAAACCCACCAGCAGAGUACAGACAGCGGUGUGCUCAGGUCACUUGCUUUCCCGCAGAUGCUAGAUCGAAGAGACAAUAUCGAGCCAUGCCAUACCAAUACCUGCCAGUGGAUUCUGGACUUAGAUGCUUUCAAGGACUGGAAGAGCCAGCCUCGCGGUAUGCUCUGGAUUAAAGGCAAACCAGGUGCGGGGAAAUCGACAUUAAUGGCAUUCCUGCAUGACGAACUCAAGGAAUCGCAUGACGGGAGUCAAGGCAUCCGGCUCGACUUUUUCUUUAGCGCUCGAGGCACUGAGCUACAACGCACACCCCUCGGAAUGCUCCGAUCGCUAGUCAAUCAAAUAUUCUACCAUGAUGAGACCGUGCGUCCUCAAGUUCGGGAGAUCUACGAGGAGCGAUGCAGGCGGUAUGGAUAUAGUGAAAAUAACUGGCAAUGGUCACGGGUCACGCUAGAGCAGAUACUGGCAAAUAUGAUCCUGCUAUCGGCCAAACGGCAGCAGGUGAUGGUUUUUGUGGAUGCUCUCGAUGAGGCGGGAUCCGAGUCCGCUCAGUAUCUAGCAGGAUAUUUUCAUCAGAUUGUCACCCUUGCAGGAGAAAUGGAAGCAGCCGUUCAGAUUUGUAUCUCAUGUCGACACUACCCUAUCAUGGAAGAUGCCCGGGCUGUUGAGAUACAUGUUGAAAAACAUAACCAUGAUGAUAUCGCUAUUUACGUCAAGGACGCCCUUGCUGGCCUGGUGGCCAGAGACAGUCUUGAUCGAGAGAAAAGAGAAGUUGUGGUAGAGGACUUGAUUUGUCAAUCUAAGGGUGUGUUCCAAUGGAUUCAUCUCUUAAUGCCCCUCGUUAGGCGCAGGAUCACUGAAGGCGAAUCGUUUAACGACAUUCAUUCCUGGUUGCGUGAGGUUCCAGCCGACCUAGAAGAGGUGUAUGUGUACAUUCUCAACAAUGUGAUACAGGAAAGGAAUCGGGCGCAGUCAUUCCUGUUGUUCCAGUGGGUGUGUUUAGCUGAACGACCCCUAACUGUGACGGAAAUGCGCUAUGCUCUUGCGGCUGAGAAUGCCCAGAUAUCGCCACACCCUAAAGCAUGGGAGAAUAUCCUCGGAUUUGUCAAAAGCGACGACUAUAUGAAGCGAAGAAUCAAUGCUCUUUCUGGUGGACUUACUGAGCUAGUGUUAAGCGGGGAUGGCCCUGAGACUAUACAGGUGGUGCAUCAGUCUGUCAAUGACUUUUUCCGCACUAAAGGAUUUCGACAUAUGUCUUAUCAAAUCGGUGCCACCUCAUCAAUUGAAAGUGAACAGAUUCUAUUUCGAUGCCAGGCAAAUCUCUACCGAUCAUGCCUAGUUUACCUAGCCACUGCAAAGACGGCUUGGAGAAUGUCAAAUAAUCCUUCAAGAAAAAGUGACAUCAUCAAGGAUCACCCACUACUGGCCUAUGCUACCAUCAACCUCUUCAUCCAUGCGGGAAAGGCUGCCAGCUCUCGGUCGGGUGUAUUAAACAAUGAAAAGGAUGUCCUGCAGCAAGUGAUUGGUCCUUGGGUCCAGAUUUACGGUAUUUUAGAUUGGCACAACACCGAAUGUCCUGAACACGGCACAACUCUCCUACAUAUGGCUGCAGCAUCAGGCCUGAUUGAUGUCAUAGAGUUUGUGUUAGAAGGAAAUGAUAAUGUUGAGACGAAAGACGAAAGCGGGAACACGCCUCUACAUCUAGCAGCACGACGGGGCCAUAUAACAGCAGGCAAAAUUCUCCGAGGAAGAGGCGCAGACUGCGACGCAAAAAAUGAAUAUGGGAUAACACCAUUGAUUGAGGCAGCUAGUCGUGGGCAUCUGGAAUUCAUCGACUGGAUCCUGCGCGAGGGAGCUAUGGUUGGAGUAUCUGCUAUAGGAGGAGACGCAUUGCAGGCCGCCGCCAUCGGAGGGAGCACUGAGACAGUGCGAAUACUGCUCGAUGCUCACGCCGAUGUCAAUGCCCAGGGCGGUGUAUUUGGCAACGCCCUACAGGCUGCCGCCUAUAAAGGAAGCACUGAGACAGUGCGAAUACUGCUCGAUGAUCACGCCGAUGUCAAUGCCCAGGGUGGUGAAUAUGGCAAUUCCCUACAGGCUGCCGCCUAUAAAGGAAGCACUGACAUAGUGCAAAUACUGCUCGAUGCUCACGCCGAUGUCAAUGCCCAGGGUGGUAGAUUUGGCAAUGCCCUACAGGCUGCCGCCUAUAAAGGAAGCACUGAGACAGUGCGAAUACUGCUUGAUGCUCAUGCCAAUGUCAAUGCCCAGGGUGGUGAAUAUGGCAAUGCCCUACAAGCUGCCGCCUAUAAAGGAAACACUGAGACAGUGCGAAUACUGCUCGAUGCUCACGCCGAUGUCAAUGCCCAGGGUGGUGAAUAUGGCAAUUCCCUACAGGCCGCUGCCUUCAGUGGAAGCAUCGAGAUAGUGCGAAUACUGCUCGAUGCUCACGCCGAUGUCAAUGCCCAGGGUGGUGAAUAUGGCAAUUCCCUACAGGCCGCUGCCUUCGGAGAAAGCACUAAGACAGUGCGAAUAUUGCUCGAUGCUCACGCCGAUGUCAAUGCCCAGGGUGGUGUAUUUGGCAAUGCCCUACAGGCCGCUGCCUUCAGUGGAAGCAUCGAGAUAGUGCGAAUACUGCUCGAUGCUCACGCCGAUGUCAAUGCCCAGGGUGGUGAAUAUGGCAAUGCCCUACAGGCCGCUACCAUCAGUGGAAGCACUGAGAUAGUUCAAUUACUGCUCGAUGCUCACGUCGAUGUCAAUGCCCAUGGUGGUAGAUUUGGCAAUUCCCUACAGGCUGCCGCCUAUAAAGGAAGCACUGAGACAGUGCGAAUACUGCUUGAUGCUCAUGCCAAUGUCAAUGCCCAGGGUGGUGAAUAUGGCAAUGCCCUACAAGCUGCCGCCUAUAAAGGAAGCACUGAGACAGUGCGAAUACUGCUUGAUGCUCACGCCGAUGUCAAUGCCCAGGGUGGUGAAUAUGGCAAUUCCCUACAGGCUGCCGCUGUCAGAGAGAGAACUGACAUAGUGCAAAUACUGCUCGAUGCUCACGCCGAUGUCAAUGCCCAGGGCGGUGUAUUUGGCAAUUCCCUACAGGCUGCCGCCUAUAAAGGAAGCACUGAGACAGUGCGAAUACUGCUUGAUGCUCAUGCCAAUGUCAAUGCCCAGGGUGGUGAAUAUGGCAAUGCCCUACAAGCUGCCGCCUAUGAAGGAAACACUGAGACAGUGCGAAUACUGCUUGAUGCUCAUGCCAAUGUCAAUGCCCAGGGUGGUGAAUAUGGCAAUGCCCUACAGGCUGCCGCUGUCAGAGAGAGAACUGACAUAGUGCAAAUACUGCUUGAUGCUCAUGCCAAUGUCAAUGCCCAGGGUGGUGAAUAUGGCAAUGCCCUACAGGCUGCCGCUGUCAGAGAGAGAACUGACAUAGUGCAAAUACUGCUCGAUGCUCACGCCGAUGUCAAUGCCCAUGGUGGUAGAUUUGGCAAUUCCCUACAGGCUGCCGCCUAUAAAGGAAGCACUGACAUAGUGCAAAUACUGCUCGAUGCUCACGCCGAUGUCAAUGCCCAGGGUGGUAGAUUUGGUAGUGCUCUGCAUGCGGCUCUUUAUAAGGGUCAUUCUAAUCAGAUCCCCCUUCUUCUUACCGCAGGUGCCGAUCCUUUACUUCCAAAUUAUCUUGGACAGACACCCCUCCAUACUGCUGCCUCAAGCAAUGUGAUACACAUCCUACCUAGGUUUCCGCUUCUCGCCUCACUUAUAAACAACCGGGAUAAGCUUUUACGAACCGCUCUCCAUAUCCUUCUAUUCUGGACGGCUAUGGCAGAAACAUCGUGGACUGGGUACAAGAACACCGGAUACUGA